ACAAAUACGAAAUGCCGCGAAGAAGAAGAAAUCGAAUGAAAUUUCGUCCCUGGAACAAACUCGGGACCAACUUCACGUGGUUCUAGUGACAUUUCGUUGGAACGAAUAAUGUUGGCUGUACGCAGCAAUCUCAGCAGCUUCAGGUUAAAUGGAGCACAAGUGUUUUGUGUUGAUUGUUUAAAUUCUUGCAAUAGCAAUGGAGUGUAUAGUAGCAAAUGUGGAACAUAUGCGAUUUGACAUUGAGGUUGCUCUCGACGAACAGUAUGGAGCUCUUCCGUUACCUUUCACCGGCAUGGACAAAUCAAUUGCCGCAGUAUGCCAGUUUUAUCCAAAAGGCAGUUGUAACAAAGGAGCUUCGUGUCCUUUCAGGCAUGUUCGAGGCGAUCGCACGAUAGUAUGUAAACAUUGGUUAAGAGGUCUUUGCAAGAAGGGUGAUCAGUGUGAAUUUCUGCAUGAAUAUGAUAUGACAAAAAUGCCAGAAUGCUAUUUUUAUUCUAGAUUCAAUGCAUGUCACAAUAAAGAAUGCCCAUUCUUACACAUCGAUCCGGAGACAAAAGUGAGAGAUUGUCCAUGGUACGAUCGUGGUUUUUGUAGGCAUGGUCCCUUAUGUCGACAUCGGCAUGUCAGACGUGUUCUAUGUAUGGCUUAUUUAGCAGGUUUUUGUCCUGAAGGGCCAAAUUGUAAAUUUAUGCAUCCAAGAUUCGAAUUACCGGCAAUACAAGAUAUGCAACCAAAAGAGGGCAAAAAAGUUAUGAUUACUUGUCACUUUUGUGGAGAAGGAGGUCAUAAAGCGAUCUAUUGCAACAAAAUGCCACCCGAUGUACGGGAAGCUCAAGUUAGACAGGAACUCGACAAUGAUUCUCGUACAUCGCAUCAUCAUAUGAAUAUACAUAAUGGACCACCGCCGUCACGAGGGCCGCAAAAACCACUCGAAGAAGUGACGUGUUAUAAAUGUGGACAGAAAGGUCAUUACGCUAAUAAAUGUCCAAAAGGCCAUUUAGCAUUUUUGAGCCAUGCAAGUAUUCAUGCAAGUGGAGGUGGUGGACAAAAUCAAAAUUAUCGGAGGUGAUUUUCUUUGUUUUAUUUAUGUAACAUGGAUAUUGUGAUGCU